AUGACACCUGUUGAUCAACCCCAUCCAUCUUUAACCACAGCCACUGCGGUUCCCAAUACACCUGGAACGACCAUCAUAGAUACUGGUGAUAAAAAGGCAAGGCUCCCUUCGUCAUACAGUACGGACAUGUAUGCUGCGUAUCCAUCACCGGCGUCUGGACAAAUCAUGAUUAAUGGUGAUUAUUCACCGGUGAAUACUCCCAACGGAUAUGGCCUGUACAGCGCUGCAAAUGCAUCCUAUACAAAUAUGGCACAAUAUAAUGGAUCGCCGCAAACCGUCAUGAAUUUACCCACUCCACAAUUUGUGAACGGCAACCUUGGGUCUCCCUCACCAUCUAUAGGAUCCACUUUCUCGGCUCAUCAGUCAGGAUUCACCCAUCCCUUAUCAUCCCCACAGCUUCCAUCCGCCGCUCAUCAGACAGCACGUACCGUCUACCUCGGCAAUGUCCCUUCCGAUGUUCACGUCUCCGAAAUCCUCGAUCAUGUCAAGUCCGGCGUCAUUGAAUCCGUUCGACCUUUACCAGAGAAAAACUGUGUUUUCAUUACUUUUGCUGAAGCGACCGCAGCGACCCACUUUUACCAUGAAGCUUCCUCCAAGCGUUUGACCGUCAACGGUGUCGAUCUCAAAGUAGGAUGGGGAAAGGCCAGUGCCGUUCCUGUCAAUCUCCAGUUGGCAAUGCAGAAUGGAGCUAUGCGAAAUGUCUUUCUGGGCUCCUUGGACGACAGUUUUACCGAAUCCAUGAUCCGACAAAACCUUUCUCGCUUUGGUCACAUUGAACAUGUCCGAUUAAUUCGGGAAAGAAAUAUCGCUUUUGUGCAUUUCCUCAGCGUCGCCAACGCGGUCAAGUGCGUCAAUACAUUGCCAACCGAAAGUCUUUGGCAAGGCCGACGCAUCAAUUAUGGAAAAGAUCGGUGCGCUCCCGCUGCUUCCAAAGUGUUACCCCAUGGUCCCGUACAGCACGUCUACCACCCUUCAGCCAACUAUCCCAAUUCCGCCUAUUCUUUGCGUUACCCCACCAUCACCUACGACCCUUACACAGGGGCAGCCAUCGAGACCUAUCAUCCCGCCGCGGUACAGACCACCAAUGGGUCGCCGGUCUAUCACACCAAUGCCACCAUGUUAUCAGGUUUGGCCAAUCGAACCAUCUAUCUGGGCAACAUUCAUCCCGAUACGACCUGCGAGGAAAUUUGCAAUGUAAUUCGCGGUGGCAUCCUCAGUCAAAUCCGAUAUAUGCCUGAUAAACAUAUUGCAUUUGUCGCCUUUGUCGAUCCGGCUCUGGCUCUUCAUUUCUACAAUCAAGCCGUCUACCACGGCCUCGUCAUCAAGAACCGUCGUCUGAAAGUUGGUUGGGGAAAGCCGUCCACUUUACCGGCCGCCGUCAUCACCGCAGUGCAGAAUGGCGGAUCACGUAAUGUGUACCUGGGAAACAUUGACGAUACAAUCACAGAGGAAAAAUUGAAGCAGGACUUCUCCGAAUAUGGUGAAAUCGAGCUGGUGAAUACGUUGAAAGAGAAAAAUUGCGCAUUUGUCAACUUUACCGGCAUCGCUGCGGCUGUGCGUGCUAUUGAGGGCAUUCGAUCCAAAGAAGAGUAUAAGAAGUUUAGAAUCAAUUAUGGCAAAGAUCGAUGCGGGAAUGCUCCUCGCAUGUCGCACAAGACCGCUUUGUCCGUGCAAGAACCCGGUGUGGGCGGUUCUCCCGAGGACGAUCUUUCUCACCCAGACGAUUGCUUUCCCACCGUCAACGAUAAUCCAGCCGUAACCAAUGGCAUCUUACUCGAUUCAGUGCUGGCACCCAAUGAGUAA